AUGGAUCCCAUUGAUCUUGCGAAUUCAAAGACCUUGACCGCAUUCAUCGAGGACUACUUGCCAUCAAGCAAAGAGUGGAAUACCUGGGUGCAUCCGACUACCAAGGACCAAUAUGCUGUGACGCUUCAAACCUCGAAAUCGCUUUCAGCUGCCGAUUUCGAUGCCUGCUUCCGUCUUAUCGCGCUCACCAGCUCUGAUACUUACAAAGCUUCGAAGGACGGCUGGAAGCCUCGAUCCAAGAAAAAAGAAAUGAAAUUACUUGAUAUCAAGUACAUCCUCGUCAAAACCGGUCAAGGUUUUUUAGAGGGCUUUCUCUCCUUCAUGCCGACCUAUGAAGACGGGUACCCAGUCAUCUACUGCUACGAAGUUCACCUCUCUCCAGAAUUGCAAGGGACUGGAUUGGGGACGGUAUUGAUGCAGAUCUUAGGAGACAUUGCUACCAAAAUCCCAAAUACAGCAAAGCUCAUGUUAACAUGCUUUACCAGCAAUCAGAAAGCGAUCAAAUUUUAUGAAAGACUCGGCUACUCCAAGGAUGAUUUUUCACCAGCACCAAAGCUCUUACGGAAUGGAACCAAAAUCGAGCCGGAUUAUGUUAUCUUAAGCAAGGUUCUUCUUGAUCUUAGUUCAUAUAUUUGA